AUGUUCCUGAUGAUUUUCCGCCACUGCCAACUCACGACUCACCCCUGGCACCAGCAUAUAUCCAGCAUAUAUCCCCCGGUUUUAAAGCCUCCACCAGCCCGGCCAAGACCACAAACCUGCAAUAUUCCGAGUCCCAGUGCAAAUAACGUCUACGCUCCACCUGCCCAACCUACUCUGGCCACAUCGUCAAAUACACCACAGGCUCAAAUCCCUCCUAAACAGGAUAAAAUACCUCCAAUUAUACUACGUAACAAGACUAGAUGGACUAUGGUAUCUGGUGCCAUCACGGCAGCAGGUCAUUCUUUUUCCAGAGCCACGAAUAUUCAGGAUGGAGUAAAAAAUUUUCCCGAUACUAGUGACGACUACAGGGCCAUCACGAAAUUCCUUUCAGAAAAUGGUGAAGAGUACCAUACUUACCAGCUCCCCGAAGAAAGCAUGGUUCAAGCUGUGAUUAUAGAUAGACAUUAA